GGGUUUUACGGUAUUUUUCAGUGUUAUGGUGAACAUUCCCUUAGCGGUCAGCUGACUCGGCUUGGCUAAUUGCGGGGAGAGGAGAUCAAAAAAGAAAACAGCUAUGGCGGCCGAGAUCCAUUCGAGGCCACAGAGCUCCAGGCCUGUCCUCCUGAACAAAAUCGAAGGGCACCAAGAUACAGUGACUGCCGCGAUCUUAAUCCCGAAGGAGGACGGAGUCAUCACAGUCAGUGAAGACAGGACUAUUCGAGUAUGGCUGAAGAGAGACAGUGGACAGUACUGGCCCAGCAUUUACCAUACUGUGUCCUCUCCAUGUUCAUGCAUGGCAUACCACCAAGAAAGCAAGCGGAUCUUCAUAGGACAGGACAAUGGAUCUAUUGUGGAGUUUCUUAUUUCCGAAGAUUUCAACAAGAUGAACCAUGUGAAAACAUACCCAGCUCAUCAGGGUCGUGUGUCAGACAUGGUGUUCUCUUUGCUGAGUCAGUGGGUGGUGAGUACAGGGUAUGACAAGAGUGUCAGCUGGAUGUGCACCCAGAGCGGCUCCAUGCUGGGAUGCCACUUCUUCAGCUCCUGGGCCUCAUGUCUUCAGUAUGAUGAUGAUACCCAGCAUGCAUUUGUUGGUGACUACUCGGGACAAAUCACCUUGCUGAAAUUGGAAAGACAAACAUAUUCCACCAUAACGACUUUGAAGGGACAUGAAGGAAGUAUAGGAGCUCUGUGGUGGGACCCGGUGAAAAGAUGGCUGUUCUCCGGUGCAUCGGAUCACAGUAUAAUCAUGUGGGACAUUGGCGGGAGAAAGGGUCGCACACUACUACUGCAGGGACACCAUGAAAAGGUGCAGGCUCUGCGGUAUCUUCAGCUGUCUAAGCAGUUGGUCUCCUGCUCUGCUGAUGGAGCUAUUGCAGUGUGGAACAUGGAUGUGCCACGGGAGGAGGCUCCGCAGUGGUUGGAUAGUGACUCGUGUCAGAAGUGUGAACAGCCAUUUUUUUGGAACAUUAAGCAAAUGUGGGACACUAAGACCCUGGGUCUCCGACAACACCAUUGCAGGAAAUGCGGUAAGGCAAUUUGUGGGAAGUGUAGCUCUAAGCAUUCAACCUACCCCAUCAUGGGCUUUGAAUUCCAGGUGAGAAUGUGUGAUGACUGCUACAACACAAUCAAAGAGGAAGAUCGAAUACCUAUGGCUAUGUUCCAUGAAGGGAAGCACAACAUAUCUCACAUGGACAUGGACAUUUCUAGAGGCCUUAUGGUCACCUGUGGGAAUGACCGUGUUGUUAAGAUGUGGGACAUGAUCCAAGUGGUUGGCUAUAACACUUCAGCAGGCUAUCACUGAGUGAAUGAAACACUUGAAGCUUCACCCAUGCUUUCUUACCACAGAAGCCCAUUACAGGACCUCUCGACUUAUGAAUCCACAAACCUGGCCUACUCCCUGUAGUUAUAUUUCUGUAUGCCUGUGUAACUGGAGUAUGCCAUGUCGUCAUCAGUCAUAACCUAUAUUGUCUGAAUUGCAAUUAUUCCUCUUAUUCCUGUGGGUGGGUGUGGUUUACAUUUUCUCUCUCACUAUCCUUGCCUUAUUCAACUCAGGUGAAGAACUAUGAGUUCUAUUUGGACUCUAAUAACAGUGACCCAUAAAACUGUUUCAUUGGAUUUGAUGACCUAUCCUAUGUUGCCACGGAAAGAUUCUAUAGUAAACAAUAACAGUGUUCAUGCAUGGCACAAUACAUCUUGUCCAUUUUUAUUGGUCGAGGGUCACAGUUAAGUUUGGUGACAGAUUAAAUGUAAGAUUUAGCUUAAAGAUUCAUCAUUUAAUGGGGAGCAUUCUCUUGGAUAAGACCAUGCCAAUGGGUGGGGUAUUUGAGCACUACCCUUUUACAGUGACUGGCAACCCUGAUUGGAAUGACUGUGUAAAGUGUAGGUUCUAGAAAGUGUAAGUGUGUGUGCAUAUGUAUGUAUAUAGUCAGAUCAAUAAUAUUUGGACAUUUGAACAGUAUUGUUAUUUUAGCUGUCUAGCACAGUAUAUUUGAGUAACAGAGGGUUUACCACAAGAUGUAAACCACUGAUAAUUCUCAAAAAGAAAGCCCUGAUAGGAGUUUGCCAAGAACAUCUAAAAAGCCUGUAGAGUUCUGGAACAACAUCUAAUGGACAGAUAACACAAAGAUCAGUUUCCAGAGAUAUCUUGUACCAGAAUGAGGGGACAAGAUGAGCAGAGUAUGGAAAAUGGAAAAACUGCUCACGAGCCAAAGCAAACCACCUCAUCUUAAGGUAUGGGCAGGUACAGUUGCUGAAGGAACUGGUUUCAUUUUCAGUGAUGAAGACGUGGAAUGUUCAUGCUGCAGUGUCAACCAUCUGACCUGAAUCCGAUUGAGCAUGUAUGCAAAAUGCCUGUAUAAUAUCCAUUGUGUGUGCCUGUCUGUCUGUGUGUAUGUAUACACACACACACACCCACCCACACACAAAAGAAGCACAUAUUAUAUAUAUAAUAUUUUUUCUGAAUCUUUAUGGACCGUUAAUAUGGAGUUAAAAUGAAAAAGCCUCUAUUCUUCUGGGAAGGCUUUCCACUAGAUUUUAGAGUGACACUGGGAAUUUCCCAUUCAGCCACGAGAGCAUUAGUGAGGUCAAGCACUGAUGUUCGGUGAGAAGUCUGCAUUCCAGUUCAUCCAAAAGGUGUUUGGUGGGGUUGAGGUCAGGGCUUUGCGCCGGCAACUCGAGUUCUUUUGCACCAACCUUGGCAAAUGCGCUGGUCACCAGAUAUUUUUUGUUUAUAGCUCCUAUUUUUUUUCUAACUUUUGUGUGUCAGGAGCAGUUUCUGAAAUUCUCAAACCAGCCAGUGUGGCACCAACAACCAUGCAAUGGUCAAAGACUGAGCUGAAACUAAGCUCACGGUUUUCUUUAUUCUGCUCUGAACAUUAACUUAAGGUCUUGCCCCGUAUCUUCAUGAUUUUAUGCAUUGCGUCGCUGCCACAUGAUAUGCACAUAAUUGCAUGAAUAAUAUACAGGUGCACCUAAUAAAGUGGCCAGUGUGUGUAUAUGGUACAGCGUCCCCCCCCCCCCCCCCGCACACACACGCGCACACUCGCUCACUCACUGAACUUUCUUUGCAAUCCAGUGUUUGAGAGUUGCCUUAUUGUCUGUGUGUGUGAGAAUUUACAAAGUCAAAUGAUUUGUAAAUGUCACUGAGCUGUGCAGAAGCUUUGUACCAGGCUAUUUGUUUUACCUUUUACUAACCCGGUGGUCAUCAUCGGACUUGUGUUCAUAUUUUCUGGUCAUAUAUGUGGGCUGGGUCACAUUGUCGACCCUAGGAUGUUUUGUAAACUCUAGUAGGGGAUGCAGUCAUAUCAAGUGGGUUGUUGCGACCUCGGUACCAUGUCUGAUGUUGAUGUUAAGUUGAAUUUGUUCAUGCUGCAGUGCAAGAUUCAUUGUCAGAAGGAACUUGGCUUUGCCUUUAUAAACUCUCCUCUUAUAUUAAA